AUGGGGGAGCAUGAUGGAGGGAGGGGGGUGGUGGCGGCCCAGGACGACUGUCAGGAGCAGAUGGAAAGGCCCGGGACUGUUGCGCUUCGAGAAAUCCGUCGUUACCAGAAAUCCACCGAGCUUCUGAUCCGGAAACUGCCUUUCCAGAGGUUGGUGAGGGAGAUCGCCCAGGAUUUCAAAACCGACUUGAGGUUCCAGAGUGCCGCCAUCGGCGCUCUGCAGGAGGCUAGCGAAGCGUACCUGGCCCUGAGCAAGAACCCGGGUUAUAUCAAGCUGUGCAAGAUCCGGGCGGCCCACAACAUCUCCAAGACGAUCGCCACCUCACAGAAUCUUAUCUCUCUCACUGCUGACAACCUCCUGCUCAACCCACAGGAUGAGAGUUUCACCCGGGGAAGUGACAGUCUCAUCAAGGGUAAGAAAUGA